CGUCCUGCUCCAAGGCCUGGGCUCCGGCUCCCGCCCCCGCCUCGGUCAUGGCGGGGCCCUACGGGCUGUCGGUGCGAGAUCUGAACGAACUGCUGUCGGAGGGCGGCAGCUACAGCUUUCCGAGCGAGUCCUGCAACGAGGUGAUCCCCAGGAUCUACGUGGGCAACGCGACUGUGGCGCAGGACAUCUCCAGGUUGAAGCAUCUGGGUAUCACACAUGUGCUGAAUGCUGCCGAGGGGAAGUCCUUCAUGCAUGUGAACACCACUGCCCAGUUCUACGAAGGUACCAACAUCACCUACCUUGGCAUCAAAGCCAACGACACCGAGGAGUUCAACCUCAGUAUUUUCUUCGAGAAGGCGGCAGAGUUCAUUGACAAAGCCCUGACCCGGAAGGAUGCCAAGGUGCUUGUCCACUGCCGAGAAGGUUAUAGCCGUUCUCCUACUCUGGUCAUCGCAUACCUCAUGCUUCGCCAAAAGAUGGAUGUCCGGACCGCACUGAGCCUCGUGAGGCAGAACCGGGAGAUUGGCCCCAAUGAUGGUUUCCUGACCCAGCUCUGCCAGCUGAAUGAGAAAUUAAUUAAGGAAGGAAAAUUGUAACCCACUGAGAAUCGAUGACUAGGUCUGCCAGGGGACUCUUGGUCAGGGGAGUCACUGAGCGAAUUCCAAGCAAGCUGCCCCACCAGGUUAGGUUAUACUACACGCACCUUUCCAAUUACCCAUUUAAAUACCUUGCAGUGAGUCUUUCUGAAAGAGGUCCCCUGCCCCAGGGUCAUCUGCAGGAGGCUGCAGGAAAGGGAGCUUCUUCAGAACAGUCAUUCCUGUAACUUGGGUAUUUCCUUACUCUGUGUGAAUUGUAACGCUUUCCCUUUCCCCAGAGAUGGGAUGCUGACCUGACAGCCCGGUGACAUUUAUCUUCACCUCACUGUGGCACGGAACCUCAUACUAGAAGCUGUCCAAAUUCAGAUCCUUUUAGAAUCCAAGAUGAGCAAACCUGGUAGAGGUGCCUUCCUCCAGGGUCUUGCCCUCAGCAUUUUCAAGCUCUGGAUGAGCCAUUCCACCAAGGUACUGGUGACCUCUUAUCCUUGGUGCCCUCCUCCCCACCUCCUACCCUCCAGAUCUGCACACUCACAUAUCUGCUACACCCAUCUUUACUCUCUUAUCUGGGCAGCUUGGGCUGGAUAGCAAAGCCAAGUUGUCCUCUCCUUCUCCCCUUGGUUCACAGGGCCCCAGGAUGCCAGUGAUUGAGGGAUUCCCAUGGAAAAAAAAAUGCCUUAAUUUAAAGGCACCUAGAGGAAAAGAAACUGGACAUUAAAAAAAGAAGAGAAAAUUAGGGGAUUUGUCCCCUUUUCCCUAUUCCCUAUAAUGUUUAUGCUAAUUCUUGGAAAGCCUGAAUCCAGAAUUGGUUUCAUCGAAAUUUUUUUUUUGUCCAUUAUAUGCACCUAGUUCAUUAGAAGAUUAAUGUUCCUGGCAUGGUUUAUAUUAGAGCACCCAGGUUCGGCCUGUAUAAAAAUAUGUCACUAUUUGAAGGGUUUUGCAGUAGUUGAAGGGCGUGACGGGCAUCCGGAUGCUCUUUUUGGUUUGGUUUCUGUUCAGAAUUUAGAGGGAGGGCAUCAGCCACUUAUGGAAGAUGUGUAUGUGUCUGUCAUCUUUAGGAAGCAUGGCAACAGAAAGAGAUUGCUCAGGUUCAUUAUAGCAAGGGACUAUUCCCCUGCUUGCUCUUGGGGAGUUGGGGGGUCUUCACACUUUAUAAUUUGAUCUUCAAGAUUACCAGAACCUUUCAAGCAGCCACCAGAAAUAAAAUAUAUUGUAGUGUCUGAA